AUGAAGUUCUUCCUCGUCUUGAGUCUCGCCUUCGUGGCCAUCUCCUGCAGUCUGGCCUUGCCGGUGGAGUUGGAGAAUGUCGAACCCCUUUCCCUGCUGGAUUUGGAGGCGGAACUGGAGCAGCCUCAGGUGGAUGAGCUGAACGGUGACCGAGUUACACGAGGACUAGGUGGCUUUGGCGGUCUCGGUGGCAAGUUCGGCGGCCUGGGUGGACUUGGCGGUUUGAAGGGAGGCUUUGGAGGUCUCGGACACGGUUUCGGCGGUGGCUUCGGUGGUCACGGAUUCGGCGGCGGCUUCGGCAGCUUCAAGAGUCUGUUCAAUAAGAAAUUCCGAUAA